AUGUCGCAACAUAAAGGCGGCAAGGCCGCAGCCAAGGGCAAAAAGUCCGGCGGAGGUGGCGCCGAGGAGAAAGCCGAGGAUAUCGUCCAGGCCGUUGUUCUCGCCGACUCGUUUCAAGACCGCUUUGCGCCCUUCACCCUAGAAAAGCCACGAUGUCUUCUCCCAUUAGCGAACACGCCCCUGAUCGAGUACACACUUGAGUACCUGGCCAUGAACGGUAUUCAUGAGGUCUUCAUCUACUGCGGGAACCACACAGACCAGGUUGAGCAAUAUAUACAAGAUUCACCGCGAUGGAGUCCUGCCGGCCACAUAUCACCCUUCUCACUUCUUGAGUUUGUGCGCGUCAACGAUGCCUCGUCCCCUGGUGACUUUCUACGGGAUCUUGAUAAGCGAGGCCUCAUAUCUGGCGACUUUAUCCUCGUCCAUGGCGACCUGGUCGCCAACAUUCCCCUUGACAAUGCCCUGACCGCUCACCGAAGGCGCAGAGAAGCAAACCGGGACGCCAUCAUGACGAUGGUCUUGCGCGAGGGGGGGCCAGGCGACCACCACACAAAAUCACGGGGUACCACACCCGUCUUUACAAUCGAAGCCAAAGAGGGUCGGUGCUUGCAGUUUGACGAGACGAACCCGUUACAGAGCAGCCAUUACACCUUGCUUGAUCCUGCCGUUUUCGAGCAUGACGAAGUCGAGAUGCGCACUGAUCUGAUCGACUGCGAGAUCGACAUCUGCACCCCAGAUGUGCUGGCCCUUUGGUCCGACAGCUUUGAUUACGAGGCGCCUCGGAAACACUUUUUGCAUGGCGUGUUGAAGGACUGGGAGCUCAACGGUAAGCUCAUCUACACCAACAUAGUGAACGAGGGAUACGGUGCUCGUGCGAGCAAUCUGCAGCUAUACGAAUCCAUCACACGCGAUGUGAUUAGCAGAUGGACGUUCCCCAUGGUUCCCGACAACAACCUUGUUCAAGGACAAUCUUAUGCUCUUCGCCGAAACUUUGUCUACUCCGAAAAGGGCGUCAAGUUCGAGGUUGGCAGCCACGUCGAGAAGUCGGUGGUGGGAAUGAAGACAACGGUAGGGACGGGCAGCACUAUAAUGAACUGCGUGAUAGGCGAGAGGUGCCACAUUGGAAACAAUGUCCACAUAAGCGACAGUUUCAUAUGGAGCGACGCCACCAUUGAGGAUGGAGCUAGGAUAACGAGGUCUGUCGUGGCUAGCUCUGCAACUGUUGGCAAGGACUGCACAAUACCAGCAGGCUCUCUUAUCUCAUUCGGCGUACAAUUAAGCGACGGAGUCUCCCUCCCCGAUGCAACAACAUUAUCACUUUUUACACGGGAUCGCCUUCUUGCAGAAACGGACACGAAACUCCUUGGACCAUCAGGCAAGGGGUCGGUAUACCAAUACGAGGACGAGGACGAAUAUGACGAGUUUGACCCGGCCAACCUCCAAAGGACACUCAUCUACUCCACGGCACACCUCAAUAUUUCCACUUCGACGAUAUCUUCAUUCAAUUCAGACCACUCGGAUGACGAGAGCGACGACGGUGGUCUUGGAGGCGGUGCACAUGGCCACCUCGAUCCUGGCUCUAGCUCUCGAGAGCGACAUUCAUCCAUGAUCUCGGAAACAUCGGCCGGCUCGGAUAACGCCAGCACAUCCUUCCACAACGAUGCCGUAACAAGUCUGGUGGAUGCCCUUCGAUCCGAAGACAACAAGGAUAUGGACGGUGCUAAGCUCGAGUUCAUGGGCCUGCGCCUCGCUACCGACGCCUCGGACGCGGCUGUACGCCGCGCUAUCGCUACGUCACUGGUGAGGGCUGCCGUUGAGCUGAUGCAACAGCUGACUGGCGCCCUCGAGCCGUCCAAGGCAGCCGAGCGCGCCCUGACGGCCAAGAAGGGCACUUCCAAGUUCGUGUCGGAGGUUGGCGUCGGCGGCGACGACACAGCCGAUCAGGCAGCUUUUGCGCUCGCGCUCCAGAAGGCGGCUGCGGCCGCCAAGGGCAUCGAGACUGGUCGCGCGGGCACGUUGCUAGCGGCGCUGCUACAGCAUCUGUACAACCUGGACGUGCUCGAGGAGGAGGGUAUCUUGGCCUGGUGGAAAGGGGCAGAUGCCGCUCAGGGGGAGAAGAUGGUCACGGUCAAGGAAAAGUGCAAGGUCCUGAUUGACUGGCUGCAAGAAGAUGAUGACAGUGAUGAUAGCGACGACGAGUAG